AUGCAGUAUGAUUCUCCUUUGGAUCCGGACGCGACUCAAGAUUACUUCACGCAAAAUUCUUCUUACACGUCGAUUUCUUACAAUCAAAACACACCAAUGGAAACGUCCAAUUAUAACACCUAUACUCCGGGCAUUUCAACUGAAGCGCGAGACUUUCACACUUUUGCUCCUACCACACCGAUGGAAAUGAGUAAUUUCAAUCCCUUUUCCCACACCACGCCCUUCGAUUCGAAUGAGCUGCUCAAGGCCUUACAGAAAAAAG